CUGAUGUCUGUCUGUCUGCAUGUACAGGUCCUGGACAGGCCAUGUGGGACCCCACAGUCUGGGGCCUCCUGUGUCGUUCCACCUUGCACUCAGGGAGCUGGUCCCCAUCUGAGGUUCAUCUCUGCCCCUGAGGGGUGGUUACUGUCUCCAGUUGCUCUUCCCACUCAUAAAAGGCUGUGGACCAUGCACAUGACCAGAAAGGACCACUUGUUCACAUGAGCCCACCUUCAGGGUUUAUUCUCCUAGGCAAGCAUCACCACCUGCUUCCAUCACCGUUGCCAAACCCUAGAUGCUCCCUCUAAUGUCACAUUCCCAGUCCUCCAUCCUGACCCAGAAGUACACCUGCACUAGGUUUUAGCCAAUGUCAUUUUCUGCUUAAAGCAAUGAAUGGGGAGAUGAAAAAGAGUGGCAGACUUAACUCUUCAUAUUUAUAUAUAAGAGGGGAGCCACUUGAUUACCAAACAGUUCACUCUCCUCAAGGGAACGCAGAGGACGGUUUGGGUUGGCAGCAUCAGCCCCUGUGUGAGCACAGACUUUGGGCAGGGGACCAAACCUUCAGUCCAUAACAUUCUGUCGAAUUCAAUUGAACACCCCACCUCCAAGUGGGACAAGAGCUUUCCUUAAACGUCUUUCCCCUCCCAAACUCUCCCAGAAAAUGUGCAUACUUUUGGGUCAACAGGAGGGAAGAACAGGUAGGGUUCAGUCCAGUGUCUUACUCACAAAAGGGGUAAUGGGGUGGAGUGUUCUGAGCCCAGCCCAAGUCAGGUACCCAACGAGGACAGACUGUCAUGGCCCCAGACAUGGAGGAGGAGGUGGCCCGAAUUCCUGCACAGGAGUCUUAGGAGGAAAUGCCAGAAUUUGGCCAACUUCAACCUGAUGGUGAGAAACUUUCCCAGAGUUACCAGGCCCAGCCUGUCCAGGACUGGAGGUGUAUUGAUAACGGAAAAACUUUAUCUGAGUCCCCCAGCUUCUGACCUUGGCCUGAUCCUCAUACUCAAGAGCCAGGUCUCCGCCUAGGGUCUCCUGUCACCGGCCCAGACAACGAUCUCUCCACAGGCUGCCUUGCUGGGUCUUCCUCUCUCCCCUUAUCUCCUGCUACCACGACCUUUCUCCUCAACACUCAGUGUAUUCAGUUCUGUCAACUACACACCUUAAGAAGCCCUUCAUUUAUUUAUUUUUUCUGUUGCAACUGCCAAAAAGGCCGUUGUCAUUUUUACAGAAAGUAAUAGGAUUCUACAGAAGCUGGGGAACUCAGCUGCCCACCUCUCCUAUCAUGGCCUCAAACUUUGUUCUACAGCCUUCUGGAACUUGCAGAGAAGUCAACUGAUCCCCUCAAGGCCACCAUAAUCUCCCUGGGUAACUCUACAGUCGCACUAUUUGGCAAGGGAAAGCUCAUUUCUAUGUCCUUGGACCUGGCCAGCCAGUUCUGGCUGUGGUGGGGUAAAGUGUGGAGUUGCAAUGCCGUCUGUCCCUCAAUAUCAGCGCAGAGGACAUGGAGGUGCGGUGGUACAGGGAGCAGGAGUCCCCAGCUGUGCACCUGUACAAGGGAGGCAGGGACGUGCCUGAAGAGCAGAUGAGGCAGUACCAGGGCAGGACGAUCUUUCUGACUGCUGGGCUGACCCACAGCCAAGCCGCACUGACCGUACACAACAUCACUGUGUUCGAUAACGGGACCUUCCACUGCAAGUUCAAAGAUGAUGUGGUGUCUGAGAACACCACACUGUGGCUGAGGGUGGCAGGUGAGGGUUGCCACUGGGAAUGGUUGCAGAGGCUGGAAAGGCUGUUUCUUCUCAUAGGGCUGGGCUCUGAGCCCAGAAUGCAAGUACAAGCUGGCCGGGGUGAAGGUAUCAGGGCAGAGUGCACCUCGAAGGGCUGGUACCCAGAGCCCCAGGUGGAGUGGAGAGACUUCAGGGGACAGGCCGUAUCUUCCAUGACCAACCUCACAGUGUCGCCAACAACGGGUCUCUUUGCAGUGGUGUCCAACGUGACCGUCCAGGACAGGGACGUGGGGGGCCUCUUUUGCUCCAUCUCCAGCCCCCUCCUCCAAGAGAGGAAGGAGGCCAAGAGCCAACUUCCCGUCUCUGUUUUAGCUCAGUUGUCCAGAGGUUUCCUGUCAGUGGUGUGGAGGACAGUGCUGCCUGUGAUCCUAACUGUGGUGGGGCUUGUAGCAACUGGAGCCACCUGUCUUUUCUGGAAAUGUCAGAGGGACAGGAAUAGAGUGCAGCCGGAAGAAGAGAAACUGUGCAGAGAAGAGGAGGCAUGCUGUCAGCAGCAUUUUACACAGAGCUAGAACAAACAAUCCUAAAAUUUAUAUGGAACCACUAAAGACCUCAAAUAGCCAAAGCAAUCCUGACAAAGAAAAGCAAAUCUAGAGGCAUCACAAUUCUGGACAUCAAGCUACAUUACAUCAAGCUAUAGUGAUCAAAGCAGUAUGAUACGGGCACAAAAUCGACAGAUAGAUUAAUGAAACAGAAUAGAAAACCCAGAAAUAGACCCACAACUAUAUGGUCCAUUAAUCUUCGCCAAAGUGGGAAAGAAUAUCCAAUGGGAAAAAGACAGUUUUUUCAACAACUGUUGUUGGAUAAACUGGUCAGCUACAUGCAAAAGAAUGAAACUAAACCACUUUUCUUACACCAUACACAAGAAUAAAUUCAAAAUGGAUGAAAGACCUAAAUAUGAGACCUAAAAUCAUAAAAAUACUAGAAGUUACUCAGGCAGUAACUUCGAUAUCAGCCAAAGCAACGUCUUUCUAGACAUGACUUCCGUGGCAAGGAGAAACAGAAACAAAAAUAAACUAUUGUGACGUCAUCAAGAUAAAAAGCUUCUGCACGGUGAAG